UUUUUGUUCGGUUUCUCUCUAUCUGGUUGUUCAAAUGUUGGAAAGAUCAUCAUCAUCAAAUUCUUCCCCUAUUCUCAGAUUUUUAUCUGUGUUAUCUUGGAGAUAAGAGGGGGGGAUAAUGAAGAUGAGGAACAAACACAGGAAACCAACUGCUUUACGUUGCGAUGCAGGGAGCCGGUGCUCGCUAUCUUUCUUUGUGUGGAGCUUGGUUGGCUGCAUUCUCAUGAUCCAUUUAUUCUCUCUUUUGAAGCCCAAAUCAUAUGAGAGAGAGCCCCAAGUUCGACUUAAUCACCUUCCAGUAAAUAGGGAGCUCGAAGAGGUCGAAGAGGAGAAUAUUGUGUUCCAUUCAAGAAGUAGGAGGAACCCAAGAUCAAGUAAACGGAAAACAAAGAAACCAUCAUUGAUUGAUGAGUUUCUUGAUGAGUCUUCUCAAAUCAGGCAGUUGUUCUUCCCUGAUUGGAGAAAUGCUAUGGACCCUAUGAAGAUGGCUGAAAACGAUAGUAUGUAUUUCUAUCCGGGAAGAAUUUGGUUGGACACAGAUGGGAAUCCCAUUCAGGCCCAUGGAGGGGGAAUAUUAUAUGACAAGAAAUCAGCGACCUUUUUUUGGUAUGGGGAAAAUAAAGAUGGGCCAACCUUUCAGGCUCACAAAAAGGGAGCCGCACGGGUCGACAUAAUCGGGGUUAGCUGCUAUUCCUCCAAGGAUCUGUGGACAUGGAAAAAUAUAGGGGUUGUUCUGCGAGGAGAGAAGUACAAUCUCACCCACGACCUCCAUGAAAGUAACGUGCUGGAGAGGCCCAAAGUCAUAUACAAUGACCUCACCAACCAAUAUGUCAUGUGGAUGCACAUUGACGAUGUAAACUACACGAAGGCCUCAGUUGGUGUAGCCAUAAGCUCCUCCCCAAUAGGGCCCUUCAAAUAUCUUCACAGUAAGAGACCCCAUGGCUUUGAUAGUCGAGACAUGACAAUAUUCAAGGAUGAUAAUAACAAAGCGUACAUCAUCUACUCAUCAGAAGACAACAGUGAAUUACACAUUGGUCCUUUAACCGAUGACUAUUUAGAUGUGACCAGAGAGAUGAGAACGGUACUAGUUGGUCAAAAGAGAGAGGCACCAGCUCUAUUUAAGCAUAUGGGUACAUAUUAUAUGAUAACAUCAGGGUGCACGGGUUGGGCUCCAAAUGAGGCCAUGGCCCAUGCAGCUGAGUCGAUCAUGGGGCCAUGGGAAACAUUAGGGAACCCAUGCAUAGGGGGAAAUGGGAUUUUUCGAGCAACCACCUUCUUCUCUCAAAGCACAUUUGUAGUUCAAUUGCCUGGUUUGCCUGAAUAUUUUCUUUUUAUGGCCGAUAGAUGGAACCCCGCUGAUUUGAGGGAUUCGAGGUAUGUUUGGCUCCCAUUGACCGUUGGGGGAGCAGCUGAUGAGCCAUUAGAGUAUAGUUUUGGAUUCCCUUUGUGGUCGAGGGUGUCCAUAUAUUGGCACAGGAGGUGGAGGCUUCCUCAAGGUUGGCAGAUACCUAGGCCUAACUACAGAUUAGGGUGAUUUGUAACAUGAUUUUUGUGUAUUAUAUAUGGAUUUUAGGUGGGGGUGAUCUCAUGUUUUGUUCAUUGUUUAUGUUGAUUAUGUAAUAUUGGGUUUAUCGA